CACUAUUCGGCUUCCUAUUGGUCGAGACGGGUUACGGUUAGAAUUUGAAACGGGGGAGACGUUGAAGCCAAGGCGAGCUUGUGGCAAGUAGUAAAAACAGAAGAAGCGCCGGAGAAGCUUCACCGUCGCGAAGCAGAAUGAGUCUGCAAACCUUGAAGGAAGAAAAUAUUAGUGAUGCCACAGCUUUGGAAAGCUGUGCCAUGCUCUUCACAUCACCAGAGAUCACAGGCAGACCUUCCAUUCUUCGCCCAUCACAGAAAGAAAAUGUGCCGCCAAAGGGAAUAGUGAAGCCUAUGAAGGUGACUUUUCAGACUCCUGUGCGGGAUCCUCAGACUCGCAAAAUCCUGAGUCCAGAUAUAAGGAAGAAAAUUACACCUUUAGUAGAUGACUGCUUAGAGAUUCCAGAGGAUCUUGUCUUUCCUGCAGCCAGUGUAGUGACUCAACCAAUAGUGAAAGCAGACACAGAUUCAGCAAAAGAGGAGACAGAGACUGAAGAGAAGGUCAGCUUUGAUCUUUCAAAUGAUGUCAUGCCAGAAAAAAAUAAAAGAUCACACAUUGCUGACAUGUCUGCAAUAAAUGAUGCUGAUCCAUUCAAGAGCACUGGUGGCCUUCUGAAUUCCCCUAAAAGUCAAACAAUCUCUCCUUUGCAAGUUUGCCAAAGAAAAGAAACACGGGAUAGAAAUUCUCUUUUGCUUGAUGCAAUUUACCUGCAAACUGCAACUGAAAAUAAUCUGUCUCAGGAAACAAGCUGUGAGCCAGCAUGUUCUUUCCAUUUGGUCUCAUCACUAGAUGUUGAUUCCUCAAAGCAAAAUCUGUGCUCCAAUCAGGCUAUAAAACAAGUUUCUAACAGCAUUUGCAAAACUGAUCCAUCAUCAGUAAACCAAGUACAAAAUCAUCCCUCACAACUUGUGCCAGAAUCCUGUAGCUUUGGAUAUCCCUGCAAUUGGGAAAUAGAAGAAAAGGACAAAGGGCGAACCAGUAUUGGAAUAGAAGAGACUCCUGCCCCAAAAGGAUCUUGUAACUUCGAUUAUGAUAAGUUAGAUCCUGAUUUCAACCCAUUUGGAGGUGGUUCCAAAUUACAGAAUUCUCCUAACUGUCCUGUGCCCAGCAUUGAGAAGAAUGAUAUCCAAGAGGACAGUGUACUGCUCAAAAUACAUUUCCCAAAAACAGACCAAUAUAAUUGCUCUGAUGAAUCCAAAGCUAUAGAAACAACACCUGACAAACAGAAAGAGUUUGAUGAGCAGAUUGUUACCGAAGAGCAGGUUGUACCUGAAGUAGGAACUCAGACUGAACCUUCAAGUGAAUUGGUGGAUGAAAAUACUGCGUCAGCUGAGGCUUUAUGUCAAGGUAAUUCUUCCUUACAUGAGGCUGUAGAUGAUACAGCAUUCAAACCUCCAUGUCAGACAGAAAAAGUAAUAAAUAAAAGCAGCCAUAUGGAGAUAGAAAAUGAGGAAUUCAGAUCACCCAUGGAUGUUCUAGGAAUGGACAUAGAAAUAGAUUAUUUGGAACAGUUUGGAACAUCCUCGUUCAAGGAGUCUGUUCUAAGAAAACAAUCUCUCUACCUGAAGUUUGACCCACUGCUGAGUGAAAGCCCUAAGAGAUCAGAUUCUGCUGUUAAUGAAGUAAAACCCACAGUUCCUGCGCUGUUUCAAAACACCAGGCCAUCCAUAGUCAUGGCAUCUGAUGAAGUAAAAAUAUUAGAACAGGAAGAAAAACCAUUGGGGCUUGAUCUUCUUGGAACUUUCCCACAUUCAGGCAAAACUCUGGAAGACAUCCCAAUCAGGAAGAAUACUUCAUUAUUCCCUUAUGCUCUGUCUACUGAUUCCAUUAUAGAAGUAUUGAAAUACAGUCAGAAAGAUAUGGAUGCAGCUGUAGAAAAGGUUAAGCAUGAGAUGGAUACUGUUGUUAAAAAGCUCACUUCUGAGGUGAAAGAAAAGCAAAUAGAAGCUUUGGAAUGGAAAAUGAAGCAUGACAAAAUUUAUAUUGAAAGUAAAGAAAUGGGAAAAAUUGUUGCAGAGUUUGAAGGAACCAUUACACAAGUGAUGGAGGAGUCCCAGAUUCAAAAGGAACUUGCAAAACAAGAAUUACAGAAAGUACUUGAUGAAAAACAACAAGCUAUAUCUGAUUUGAGUUCCAUGGAAAAAUCUUUCUCAGAACUCUUCAAGAGAUUUGAAAAACAGAAAGAGGCAAUAGAAGGAUUUCAGAGGAAUGAAGAGGCUCUGAAGAAAUGUGUUGAAGAUUACCUUGCAAGAAUUAAAAAGGAAGAGCAGAGAUACCAAGCACUAAAGGCUCAUGCAGAAGAAAAACUGUGCCAAGCCAAUGAAGAGAUUGCCCAAGUAAGAAGUAAAGCUCAAACAGAAGUAGUGGCACUUCAAGCCACUUUACGCAAAGAACAAAUGAGAAUCCAGUCACUAGAGAGAAGCAUUGAGCAAAAGACAAAGGAAAACGAUGAACUCACAAAAAUCUGUGAUGAUCUGAUUUCUAAGAUGGAAAAAAUGUGAUAAACCUGAAUCAUCCCACUUUCCCGUCGCAGUUCUUACUUCAAAUCUUGGGAUAGUUAAUGAUGAAAGAUAAUUGCCAGUCUUCAUUUGCACUAGUUUAGUCUUACUGUUUUUCUGUGAAAACUUGUAUAUUCUCUGUUAUUAUUUACAAAAAGCAAUUGGAGGCCUGGCACAUGCCUGCUUGUCAUUAUUUCUGUAAAUAAAGUAAAGCUAUUGGUGCACUUUGUU